AUGCCCCUCCAUCACCUAAUGAUCGGCACCUGGACGCCUCCAGGUGCCAUCUUCACUGUCCAGUUUGAUGACGAGAAGCUGGAGCUUAAACUCAUCAAGAGGACCACCAUACCCGAGGACGAGCCCAUCUCGUGGAUGACCUUUGACCAUGCCAAGAAGAACCUGUACGGCGCGGCCAUGAAGAAGUGGUCCAGCUUCGCUGUCCGUUCGCCCACCGAGAUCGUCCACGAGGCCUCACACCCAAUAGGCGGUGACCCGAGAGCCAACGACGCCGACACAAACACCCGCGCCAUCUUCCUCCUGGCUGCCCGCCAGCCCCCUUACGCCGUCUACGCCAACCCUUUUUACCGCCACGCCGGCUACGGCAAUGUCUUCUCCGUCAGUGGCUCAGGCAGCUUGGCCACCAAUGUCCAGAACUACGCCUACCAGCCCAACACGGGCAUUCACGGCAUGGUGUUCGACCCGACCGAGACCUACCUCUACUCGGCCGACCUGACCGCCAACAAGCUGUGGACGCACCGCAAGAACCACGAGGACGGCUCCGUCGAGCUUGUCGGCUCCGUCGACGCUCCAGAUCCGGGCGACCACCCGCGCUGGGUUGCUAUGCACCCCACGGGCCAGUACCUGUACGCCCUCAUGGAGGCGGGCAACAGGCUGUGCGAGUAUCUGAUCGACCCGGCCACUCACCUGCCAGUCUAUACCCACCACAGCUGGCCCCUCAUCCCUCCAGGCAUCUCCACCCACGACCUGACCACGGGCAAAGGCCUGUACCGCUCCGAUGUGUGCACCCUGACAUUCUCGGGUCGCUACCUCUUCGCCACAGCCCGCGCCAACAGCUUCGACCUAACGGGCUAUAUCGCCGCCUUCCGCCUGCGCGACUGCGGGAGCAUCGAAACCCAGAUCUGCCUCAACCCGACCCCGACCAGCGGCGGCCACUCCAACGCCGUGGCCCCCUGUGACUGGAGCGACGAGUGGCUGGCCAUCACGGACGACCAGGAGGGCUGGGUCGAGAUGUACAGAUGGAAGGACGAGUUUCUGGCCCGCGUCGCCAGGUGUCGCAUCCAGGAGCCUGGCUUUGGCAUGAACGCCAUCUGGUACGACUGA